CUUCACAUCCCAUAGUGCUGUGCGUUGCGCCGCAUGAUGAUGACGUAUGAAACGCGCCUAGUUUGUCUCUCGUUUGCAUCCUGUCGAUGAAAACGGCUCUAAAAGUUUAUUCCGCGUUCGCUUUCACUUAAUAGACGUCCCUGCAACAAUGUCCCACCCAGUGGGACCUUCCGCUCCGGACUCCCCGGCAGUGGUGGUCACCGCUAACGUGCAGAAAUACGCCAUGAAGAAGAAGAAGAUCCUGAACGCUGAGGAAAGUGAGCUGUACGAGCUGACCCAGGCUGCUGGGAUCACCCUGGAUCAGGAGGUGUUCAAGAUCAUAGUGGACUUGCUGAAAAUGGACGUGGCUCCUCAAGUGGUCUUACAGACUUUGAAGGCCAUGUGCGCCGGGCAAAGGGUCUCCGAAAGCUGUGGCGGGGACGCCUCCUCCGUUUCCCACGGUGGUGGCAUCCCCUCCACCAAGGCUGAGGCCAGAGAUGAAGGUUUGAGCUCAGGGAAGAGUGUAAAGGUCCCCGCAGGUGCCCCCACGGCCCUCGGACCCCGAGCCACCAGGGUCAAUGCCAAGAUGGCGGCAUAUGCCGCCCAAGAUGUGGGCAGCGCUCCUCACGCACAAGCAGCCGUGCGAAGCAAAGCGGCGGCGGCGUCAUCGACCGGCACCGACAAGAUGCGCGAGGCCUCUGGCCAGCGGGUGCAGCGGCAGCCGAGCGCCAGCAGAGGGCAGAAGACAAAAAGCUCAGGAAGCAGCAGCUCCUCCUCGCAGAUGUAAUGAUCAUAAAACUAUUAACUACUGUAUUUUCUGUAAAUAUUACACUAAUAUUUCCUUUAUGCUUAGCUUUUUCUAAUGCACACAAAUCACUUAAUAGACAUUCGACGUGAAUGAUACGUUACAGUUUAGUGUAAUAAUUGGUUUAGCAAGUUAUGAUCUUGGUUUGUUAAUAUCUAUUUAGUAGCUUUUAGACCCGUUAUUCAACCUGGACAGUGCAGGUGAAAUUUCCUGUAAGGCAAUCUGCAUAGAUCAAAUUGGGUUAUUAAAUGUAAAUAUUUGUAGGAAGGGAAAGAUUACCUACAUUUAUUUGUAAAAUUUCAGCUCCCAAUUUUACUGGGUCACCCCAUUUGCUUCCUCCUCUCAAAAUAAUGGUAAUCAAAUUUGAAAAUCAUGUAUAAAAACAAUCAUGUUUUCGCUCUGGAAGCAGAUGCUGUGUGUGCGUCCUUACCUGUUGUGCAAUAUUUCCUAGAAUAAACUUCCAACAUUUUUCAACAAAUUUUCAUUUUGUCAUUUCUUUAAUUAGAAUUGCAGGUGAUGACAUCUUUCCAAAUUAUGCUAGUUAGUAAGUUUUAAUGUUUUUGAACUUUGAUAACUGAAAUGAAAAACUUAAUUCAUUGCCUCUAAGAGCUAUACAGUAUGCAUAUUUCCAAUAAACUACACAAUGCUCAUGAAUAUAAAACAAAGAAAUAUAACAACGAUGCUUGUGUAAGGCACAAACAAGGUGGUGAGAUGGCAAGAACUGCUACAGUACUCUGGCUGCAAAUGUUGGCUUGUCCAUUUAGAUCUUUCAAUUAGCAAUGAGCUCGGUCAACAUCUGAUGACGUCAGCAGAAAGUGCUGAAAAUUAUGGAAAGUAAUUACACCUAAACACCAGAAGGGUGAAAAAACACCAGAAACACAGGCAGCUGCAAUAUGCAUAUUUGCCCCAAACCAGUGUCGAUAUUAUCCGAUAUUUUAAAAUGCUUUAAACAGCCGAUAUUUUCGGCUCACCGAUAAUAUCGGACAACUCUAAUUUUAAACAAUAUGUGCUUUUACACAACUGUGUGUAACGUUAGCCAUAGUCGUACUUGGAGAGCUAUGUAAUUUUUGAGAUGGUACUUUUUCUUAAUGUAAAGUAAUGGUGUCAGUAGUAUGGCCUGCGAGCCAGUUUUUCUUGGCCCGCAGCAAAUUACAAAAAGUCAUUAUGUCCAGCACAAGAAGCUUAAGUUUACCGUUACUUUCUAUUGCACUUUUCAGUUUCAACACUUGAUGGAGCUAUUCACUUAAACAGUGCCUCUGCAUUUAGCUGCGAGGACAGAGUGAUUCCUAGUCUUUUGUCUUUGUGAAGUUUUACAGCAAACCUUUGACAAACAGCUUUAACCUUCCGGUUAUGUCGAUGGCUCAAAUUAACCCGUUUUAAAUUUUACCAGAUCUUUUAAAGUGAAAUUGCUAUUUGUGAUGUUUUUUUCCAUUUGGAUGUUGACUCACAGAGGUCAAAUUUUUAUUUAUGAAACAUUUCAACACAUUUUGCUGUGAAAUUGUUAUUUGGGUUAUUUCAGGAUAUUUACUAGUAGAGGUCAAAUGUACCCAUUCUUUGGUGUUUAAAAAAAAAAAAAAACAUUUAACAUUCAUUGUAGUUGACGAUCCAUUUUUGAUUGUGAGGUUCAUUCGCCCUCUACCAGUCAAAAAUGCAUCAGACGUCUGUCGCUGACAAUGGCAGCCAAUGAGUCUGAGCUUAAUUUUUUUAACUUUAAUUUUUUAAUAAAUUUUGGACACUUGUACAUUCCUUGGGUCAAACUGACCCAACAAAACUCAGGUAACAAGAGAGUUAAGAGAACAUGCUACAAAUCCCAAACCCAUAAAUGAACAUGUUGAAUUGGAAAUCGGAAAAUUUGUAGAAUUUAACUUGAUGAAUAUGAGACCAGUGAUACCAUAAUAAUAUAUAAUAAUCUUGAUCUCAUUUUCCUGUAAUAUAUAUCGAUUAAGGAAGCGAUUAAUCUUAAGAAUGGGUUAAAACGUGUCAAAGUCUGCCCACCAAUUUCUCAUCGGCCAACAUUGAUGGCACUAGACCAGUUAAAUGGAAUGGAUUGGACUUCUACAACUGAUAGUCAUUUUAAGAGUUUUAAUUUAAUUUGAAAGAGUGUCAUGCAUGGUCACCACUGAUGUAAAAUGCUCAAAAACCACAGAUUUACUGUAUUCUUGUGUAAACUGAAUUGUUGAUCUGGAGCCACAUGGGGGCAGUAGUACGAUGCUUAGAAUACCCCCCCCCCCCCCCCAAAAAAAAACCUUAUAUGUCCAAAUUGUUGCAGGGAUCCAUGUUGAUUGUAGUCAACGUGGUGCUAAACUGCACGUUUUGUUUGUAUAUCUGCGUGCGUUAGCAUGUGAGAGCGUAAACGGAGAGGCGGCAUGCCGCUUUAGGGGUCAUUUUAAAGGCCACGGGCCGCCCGCCUUUUAUGUGGCCGUCCAUCCUGUUUAUACGGCCCUGCCUGCGCGCAUUGAUAGCGGCGCGCCUGUAAUUGAUGGUGCCAUAUUGCUGCGGCGUAGCCUGUUUAAUGGGCCUUGACGGAGCAAAAGGGGACGGCGGCGCGGGACUAGCUUAACCCUUCCCGCGCCUCGGCACCAAACUGGGGCGAUUAGCGUGCCGCUGCUCACCGUGAUGGCCGCUUGCUUCCUGAUCAAGGAAGCGCAGACGCCCCUCUGACUCCACUUCCAAGAAUAAACAGUCGCCAGCUGUCGCCGCUCGCCUCUGUUGUUGCUUGCGGGCGGCCUAAACGUGUUUGACAAAGCCGGUAAACGACGGGGAAUUUGUGCCGAGCUUAUGCAUGUCACCUCUAGGGGGCAGUGUGGCCCCGACGUUGUGGGACUGUGCCCCUCCCCCCUCGCUGGCCCCCUGAAGCUCGCUGCAUCCACCCUGCCUGGCCUUUUUGGAUGUGUUUAUUUUCUUAUGAGGGAAUUUCACUCUUCCAUUAAAUGGAGAGCACUAUCCCUCUCUCACAUUCAGACAAACUAGAGAGCGUGUGCCUGCGUCCGCACGCUAUAUGCGCCAUUAAUCAAUAGAUACGAGCAAACUGCGCGGCUCGGCCGUAUUGUGCAAAGCAAGCGAGGCGGCGCGUUAAAAAAUGAGGCGUUCAAAUCGUUAACGUCAGCGCUUUGACCAGCGCAGAGAAGCCGCCAUUUUGUCCGUCGUAAUGGUAUCGAAACAGACAUUGAGUAAUGCGGGACUAGAUGGGCUAUUGACGACAAUAGACGUACAGUUCAUUAUGACAUUUUUUUGGCAUCUGUCAUGGUCAAUGCGUUAAAAUUUGUUGAUUUUAAUACAUACUGGCAACACCUAGCUUUGGUCUUUGUUAAAAUGAUCAAAUCUUAAUCAUUAAGCCUCUUAUCCGUAAAUAUUCUCUGAUUUCUGUAGUCCUCGAAGAAAGCAGACUGAUUACACUUUGGAGUAGGGAUGUCCUGAUCACAUAUUUUUGCGUCCAAGUCACAAAAGCGUCUCACUGAAGAUAUCUCUGCCAAAAGAUUACGGGUGUAACGGUACAUGUAUUUGUAUUGAACCAUUUCGGUACACAGUGCUUGGUUCGGAACGGAGGCGUACCGAACGAGUUUCCGACGUAAUGUAACCCUUACUAUUCGAGGCUGUGAGUCGAUCGGGUUACAGUUUCUUUGAGUAGAUUAUAUUUACUCCGUCGUCUCUACUAUAAUGAGGACCAACACGUUAGGACAGUAUAACCCAGAAACGUCAACGGCGUGACAACGUGGCCGCCGCGAGAACGCAGUGAAACGCGGGCAUUAAAGUCAAUCAGCCAAUGCAUACCAGUCGCAGUGUGGCCUCAUUCUUUGUGUAGAUUAUAUUUACUCAGUCUUCUCUACUAUAAUGAGGACCAACACGGUAGGACAGUAUAACCCAGAAACAUCAACGGCGCGACAACGUGGCCGCCGCGAGAACGCAGUGAAACGCGGGCAUUAAAGUCAAUCAGCCAAUGCACACCAGUCGCAGUGCGGCCGCAUGUUAGACGCGUCCCAGAAGCGGCUCAACAUGGCGCACGCGAAAAGAACGGCAGAAUUUAUUAUUUUACACGAGAUGCGACCCUAUUGCGUCAAUACUACUACCGGUAGCUAGGAUCGGGCAGACUGGAAGUCACUCGUGUAAAAAUACGGUGGAUUCGGUCGAUUUUCAAACUAAUAUGCAAUCGUAACCCACUUUUUGAGUCCAUCAGAUCUCUUGAGUGGUAGAUCGGGGCACAGUUGAGUUGUCUUUGUUGAUUUACUGCUGUUUUCUCUGCUAUAAUAAUAACCAACACGGCUCCGUGUUCAAUACAAAACCCUCCUACCACAACAAAACAAGUAGGAACUAAUAUUCACGUAGGAACUAAAGUUAUACAACAUAAAAUAUACAAUAUAAAUGAAUACUACAUCACAUUUGUAAAAUAUAAACACAUAAUUAAAUAAUAGCCCAUUUAAAUAAAAUUAGCUAAAACACCUGUAAUAAAUAAUAAUAAUACACAGAUCCAACUUACACAAUAAAUUUUUUUAAUUUCUGUGUGGCGCUUUAACUUGAAAAAAUCCACCAUUAAAGAUUUUGAAAACCGUUCAUAAGAAAAAAAAGAUUCAUUGAGGCAUUUCAUUAGUAAACUACAUGUUAAAAUCUUUGUCAUUGGGAUUGCUUUUCGCUUUAGCACAGGACUUCUUUUUUCUUCUUUCUUUCAGAAAGAAAGCUGACCAAUACGCGGGGUCUGAAAGGCAAAUUGUUGUUGGAUUAUCUUUAAAUUCCCGCUACUUUUUGAGCAGAAUUCUUGCUUUGUAUAGGCUAAUAUUCCUAUUGUUGAAAGCACAAAGGUGUGUAAUAAACAACUAGCACAUUUAUAUUUUGCAUUUUGUUUUCUUACUGUACCGAAAAUGAAUCGAACCGUGACCUCUAAAACGAGGUACGUACCGAACCGAGAUUUUUGUGUACCCUUACACCCCUACAAAAUAUGUAACACUAGCUAUUAGGUGGCAGGGUGUCCUAACUUUUUCCUCAGUUACAAUAUGCCUUUUUGACAAUACUUUUGGUUUAAUGAGUAAAACAAUGUUUAUUUUU